AUGAGAUGUAGGCCAUGCACUGGACCUGAGCUCGACUUUGUUCUGGCCGACACCCCCGCGUCCCUGAAGACCUGUCUCCUCGGCAGCAUCUCUGGGGCAGCCAUUCAGCACAGGGAAACUCCAGAGUACACGCCGGUUCCUAUUGCAGUGACGAUUGGAGGGCGGCGGAAGCGGUAUGUGUGGACGGCCUCCGGCCUGUCCACGGUGGACGCAGACGCGCUGGUGGGUGGGAAGGGGGACUCCUCACCACGCAGCCGCGUCGACGUCCUGCUCCGACACCCCUUUGAGUGGGCAAAGCAUGAAAUACGACACGCCUUCUUCCCACACCGUGACGAAGUCUACCCAGACUACUGGACCUAUGCAAAGUGGAGGGCUGUGCACCGCUUCUUCAGCAGCAUGAACUCGGUCUUUGCGACGCAGUCCUUGCUCCAAGCCGUCGGCAUCGGGGCGCAGCGCAGCCUGCCGGCGGCGGCCACCAUCAACUGGGUUCUCAAGGACGGGCUGGGACGGCUGGGCCGCCUCUCCGUGGCCACACAGUACGGCGCCUCCUUUGAUGCUGACCUCAAGAGAUUCCGGUUUGGGACGUCCAUCCUGUACUGCCUGGCGCUGGCCCUGGAGUACGCCACCCCCCUCGCCCCCUCCGCCUUCCUGCCCCUGGCCUCCCUCGCCAACGUGGGGAAGAGCGUCGGACUGGCCACCUAUGUGGCCACCCAGCCUGCAUUCCACAAGAGCUUUGCGCGAGGACAGAACCUGGCCGACAUCUCGGCCAAGAGUCAGGGCCAGCAGAUGGUGCUAGACAACCUCGGGCUGGCGGUGGCGGUGCUGCUGACGCACGCGGUGCGCGCCUCAGAGCCGGCCAGGAGCGCGCUCCCCCUGGUCAUGUUCCCCCUGCUGGUCAUCGGGGACUUGACUUCCAUCUACCAGGAGAUGCGAUCCAUCCACCUCCGCAGCCUGAACAGGGAGCGAGCCGAGAUCCUGGCGGCCAGCUGGCUGGACCAUGCCAUGAUCCUGACCCCCCAGCAGGUCAGCAGGGCGGAGCGGCUGCUGUUUGCGCCGGCCAUCGACUGCGGGCCCCUGCCGCUGGAGAUUGGGGGCCUGGAGUCGUGCAUACGCUCCAGCAGCGAGCUGGAGGCCCUGCUGGGGAAGGAGGGGCGCCUGCGUCUGGCGGGCCCGGGGUCAAUCCACGUGGCUCUGCGCAGCGACGCCUCGGCCCGGGAUGCACUGCAGGCAGUGGUCCAGGCCGCCCUGCUCCGCCGGCGCGGCGCCUUCCGGCCGGCUGCCGAGGCCGGGGAUUGUGACGUGGCCGCGGCGGCCGAGCAGGCGCGCGUCGCCCUCGCGCCCUUCCUGUCGGCUCUGGAAGGCGAGGGCUGGCAGACCGACUCCUUCUUGCUCAGCCGGGGGGAGAAGGCGAGGUACACGAUGCUGCUGCCAUAG